AUGCCGCACCCUCGACACAGCACCUCGAGCGACACGCUGCACAACGAGCGACCACUCGCUCCCGGACCGCCUCGCGACCCUGCCCCGCACGCGUCCGGCCCAACUUCCGCGCCGCCAGCUCUCGCUAUCGAGCACUGCGUCGGCCUGAGCACGACCGAGGGCGUCCUCGCCGCACGAGAAGCCGACGUCGAGGCGUACGUCGCGCUCGGACGACUGAGGAGCGCGCGCUCGAGGGUCGAAGGCGGCGAGGGCCCGGUCGACCGGGUGAGGAGCGGGGACGAGGUCGAGAAGGGCUCGCUCUGCGACAAGGAGGGGCUCGAGGGAGACGGUGCAGGCGCAGGAGACGAGUGGACGUACCCGGACGGUGGCUGGAGGGCGUGGGGCGUCGUCUUUGGUGUCUGGUGUCUCGCAGCAUCCCAGCUCGGCUAUGGCCUCCUGUUCGGCAUAUUUAUGGAAAAUCUCGAGGCCCGUCUCCACCAGACGCCGGCGACGCUCAACUUCAUCCAGGGCCUCGCCAACCUCGGCGCCAACGCGUUCAGCUUCGUCGCAGGCCGACUCGGAGAUCGCUGGGGUUUCAAGCCGUGCAUCGGCGCCGGCUGCUGCCUGAGCGUCGUGAGCCUCGUCGGCGCCGCCCUGUCGUACAAGUCGCUCCCGGCCCUCUUUGUCACCCAGGGCGUCCUCCUCGGCAUCUCGCAAGGUCUCGGCAUGUCGCUCUUCAUGGCCGUCCCGAGCCAGUGGUUCCUCAAGCGGCGAGGGCUCGCGACCGGCAUCGCCAUGUCGGGAUCGGGAAUCGGCGGCAGCAUCGCUGCGCUCAUUCUGCGCAGCACGAUCAAGCUCGGGUACCGCAACGCCCUCCUCAUCUAUACAGCCUGCAACGUCGUGGCGUACGUCGUCGGCUUCACGCUCAUCCAGGAGCGGAACCCGCCCCUGAAGGACGGCGAGCGUCGAGUGCCCAAGAACUGGUUGCCCAAGGGCGUGUGGCGAGACGUGCGCUUCUACUCGCUCAUGGGCAGUGUCUUCGUCGGCGUCUGGGGCUACUUGACCCCCUUCUACUUCAUCACCGCUCUCACCAAGCAGCAGUGCCCCGAGUACGCGCCGACCAGUCUCAUCGUCGCCGUGCCCCUCAUCGUCGGGACGGCAGUCAGCGGCGUCGGACGAGUCUUUGGCGGCUAUGUCGCCGACCGCAUCGGGCCGAUCAAUACGCUCUUCCUCUCUUUCUUCAUCGGUGCCAUGACGCAGCUCUUACUGUGGCCGCGCAUGCACUCGUUCGGCGCCAUCAUGGCGUUCGCCUGUCUGUACGGCUGGUUCGGCAGCUGGUUCGUCUCGCUUCUCGCACCGUCCUGCGCUCAACUGUUCGGCACCAAAGGUCUCGCGACAAUCGUCGGCUUUGGCAUUCUCUGCAACUCGCCGGGCGUGUUCAUGGGUGGGAGCGUCGCCGGUUGGACUCUGAACGCUGCUGGGGGCAACUACGGGACCGUCGGCUACUAUUCAGGGAGCAUGAUGCUCGGCGGCGCGCUCGCGUUGCUGCCGGCGCGUGUCAUGGGGCGGAGAGAGCUGUGGGCAAAGUACUGA